AAAAAAUAUACAGGUACACACGGAACUGUUUCUAAUUUCUUAUCACUUGGAGGUUUCGAGUAGUACAGAACAUAUCGAAAACAUUAUAAUGUGUGUGUGAAACAAAAGGAUACAUAUAUCUAUAUAUAAUUAUAUACCAAACUGAUCACAGAAAUAAAUCUUAUUUAUUUCAUUUGUUGAAGCUGCUUUCGUCGAAAAAGGCGAAUUUCCUUUUUUUCAUCCAGAUACAAGAAACAUACAUUACGCCAUCAACACACUGUAUUUUUAUAUAAUAAUAAAUUCAUCUUUGGAAAUAAAAAAAAUACAUGAGGGGAGACAAUAACAAGUGCGACGUUAGAAUUUAGUUAGUGCUUUCUUCACCCCGAGCUAAUACGAAAUGACGGCGACUUGGGUCUCCAAGAUGCGCGAGCUGCAUGAGCGGCAGCGGGAGCUCCAUGAAGUUCUUCUUAGCGAGGCGGAAGGCACGGAGGAAGAAGCGAUGGACGCUGCCGGAUACCACCGGAUCCGGCGUUUCUCGGACUUGCUCCGCGGUGGUGGCGGAGGUCUCGGGGCCGUGUCCAAGUGGAAGGCGAAAAUGGCCACCGCCAGGCACCAUCAGCCGAAGAUUCCACCCUUACAACGGUUCCGGAACUACGCCAAGCUCGCGCUCAUCUGUGUGAAACUCUGCAAGUACAGCCACGAAGCUGUCACAGCCGACAGUGAUGAGUACUUGUCCAUCCUCCAGAUCACCCAGGACUACGUCACAAAAACUGACGACCAGGACGGACUCUUCUUUGAUCACACACUCUUCAAGGCCAACAAAGAGCAAAGGUUGCCAGGUGAUGCUCGGAAAAUUCUUCAGAAAGACUUCAAAUAUCGGUCAGAAAAGGAAAUACAAUACCUGCAUCUGGUGUUGCGGACGAUCAAGGCGUUCUCGGAGUACCCGACCAAGAUGCAGGUGAAGCUGUGCCGGGUCGGCUGGUACGAGGCGUACGAGUCCAAGCGGGCCAUCGUGCGACAGGGCCAGCCUCCCCACGCCUUCUACUUCAUAUUGUCCGGCUCUGUGGUUGUUACGUCUUUCGACCGCGGGACGGGCGGGACAACGUUUUUGGUAGCGCUUCACCGGGGAAUGUCCUUUGGGGAGCUGGCCGUGAUCACACGAAGCAGACGCCAGGCGACAGUGAGCACCGCUACAACCACCGAACUUCUUUGUAUUUCUGCAAAGGACUUUGUGGAGAUCUUCAUGUCAGGAGGCUUACGGAGCAUGACGGACCCAGAGCAGAACUCCUUUAUCAGGUCGAUCCCGUUCCUCAAGUACUGGCCAAUAGAAUGCCUCGCCUCGAACCCACAAGCCUGCAUGUUCCAUUUCUUCCCGCGCGCGCAGGUUCUGGUCCGUGACAGCAAUCAUUCAGACUGGAUCUACGUGGUGAAAUCUGGAAGCCUGUCUGUGCUGAAGAAGCUAGUGGAGGUCCAUCCGCGAGUCACCAGGCGAAAUUCAGACCACGGAUCAGAGGAUGAAGACGAGGGCGGACGCCGGAAGUCGUUCGGGACGUGGAACUUCCGGAUAAAGAAGAAACGGCGAGAGAGUCGCGAGGAAAAAGAAGUGUUCAAAAACAAUAUAGAGAUGGAGAAGAGAUUGGAGCAAACGCUGCCUGGUUUCUACAACGGUCGGGAGCGACUGGGGCUUAUCGACUACGAGUCCAUCAUCACCGACCAUCGGUCGCGCGUCCUGCAGACCAGUAGGCGAACGGCCAGCAACAGCUCCGUACAACCACUGCCAAAACUGGCGACUCAAAACUCGGACACAGAGGAGACGGCGCCGCAUGACGACAAACUUCCGCCUGAAGAAGACGACAAGUUGCUGGCACUGCCGAAAAUAAGGAAAACGUCAAAGGGUGCAUACCUGGCUACCAUGAAGACAAAGAAAAAAGUCAGUAAAAAAGAAGCUAUUCAGGAGGAGCUGUUCAAAAAGCAAAUAGAAUACGACCGGAAGUUGAUAGAGGGUGGAAAGGUUGGCCGGAAGACGAUCACGGACGAGCUGGACAACAAGCUAGUCAAGGACUUCGCGCUCACCGAGAAGGACAUCCGGCCCGCUUUCGUGCAAGUCCAGAUUCUGGAGAGGGGACAGUACUUCGGCCUGACGAAAACCGUGUUUCCUGAGCAGGCGGAGAGCUUCAGCGUGGUUUCGAAUGGCGCGGAGUGCAUCAUGAUCUCUAGACGCUUCUUCCUGGAGCACGCCAACGAGCAGACCAUGUACCAUUUGAGACAAGUGGAGACGCUGCUCCCCCCGGAAGAGGAGCUGCAAGCGAACCUCCAGGACUUUGUUGACUGGAAGGCACACCGUGCGCGCGUGUACCGCCGCCUUGUGCAUAACAAACACGAGCGCAACGAGCGGAAAAGCCAAUUUCCGACACAGAUUGGCGGCCAGUAUUGCUUUCGCACAGGGCCUACUGUACGAAGCAUAGAUUAGAAAUUUAUAAAUAAUAAUUUAAACACAGACUCUCAUUCCGUUUAACGGUAAAAUGCGCCUAUUUUGGUAUUUCAUAUCCAUUAUAUGUUAUUACAGAAAUG